CUUCGCAGAAGAAGUAGUCAGUUCCGGCUUCUGCCCUGCUGCUCGGCUGGCGUGUUUGUGUUCUUUUGGGUUUAUCGGUUCUUGUGUUUAUCGAGUAGAGCUCGAGGACUUUACUCUUUGUGUUGCGUCAAAAACAUCCCAGUGUGUGCACCUGGCAUGCGCGCGGCAGGUCUCACGUGAACACCCCUGCUAGCUGCUGUUAGCAUCGAGCUAACAGAGCUGGUCGGUCAGAAAAAGAAAGCGGCAGGUUUGCUUCGUGUCAACAGACAUCCAGCAGGCAUGACGUCAGAGCAAGUCGGACACGAAUCUAACCGACAUGCACCGCUCGCCAAUCACCGCUGGUCUAAUCUGCGCAGAACUGGCUCCUCUCGAACACGGCCAUAGAUACCUGUUUGCUGUUACAUGAAACAGCCAAUCGUAGGAGAGCCCUUCCAGCCAAUCAGAGGUGAGAAAGGCGGACCUUCCUUGGACAGCCUACGAUUCCACGGUGAGCGUGAGAUGGAGGCUCCUGUAGGAGGAGACGAGCUCUGUGUCCUGCUGAGAGAGGAUGGGGAGGAUGGGGUGAGGAGCAGGGAGGUGGGCUGCCAGUGGGAGAGUCUUGAGGAGGACAGGAAGGAGGUGGGGUGUCAAAGCAGCUGGACCGAGACCAGAGACGCCGGCGUCCAGGUGGAUCUGCUGACGCAGCAGCUCAGCUGGAGACACUCAGGCUCACCUGAGAUGCUGCUGCAGUGUCUCACGGUCCGACCCGACGGCUCGGACGGGGGUGCCCUUCUGCAGCACUGCACCCCUAACCGGACCAGAACCAGAAUCAUUCGACCUGCUGUCAAACUCUCUGAUGAACCCACCCAGUCCAGAACCAGAAAGAGACCGUCUCAGAGCGGUGGCACCAGGCAAGCAAGGCCACAUCAGGACCAGAGAUCACUGGACCUCCACCAGGAGGAGGAGGAGGAGGAAUCAGGAGAUCCCACCUGGACUCCAACAGAAGAUGCCGAGCUGGACUCGGACUCCCAGCAUGCACCUCUGCUGGCAUUGAAGCUGGAGCUGGACAGCACGGUGUGUGACGUUUGUGGGAAAGUGAUGAAGAACAAGUCGAGCCUGGCACGUCACUCCUUCAUCCACACGGGGCGGAAACCCUUCGCCUGCCAUCUUUGUGAGCUGCGCUUCAAUCGCCGUGACAACCUGCAGCACCAUCUGACCCGGAUACACCCCGAUGGUGUGGCCAAGCGAAAGCGGCACCGCGCAGCAACAGCCUGGCUGUGCGCCGUCUGCGGGAAGACGUUUAGCUGCCGAUCUCGUUUAAAGACGCAUGAGGUCAUCCACUCGGGUGUGAAGCCAUUCCACUGUGACCUUUGCCCCAAAGCCUACAUGAGGACCAACGACCUGGAGCACCACAGGAAGGUGGUGCACGCAUCCGGCGACGCGGAGGCGCAGCGGCCCGCCUCGCUGCUCUGUGACCACUGCGGCAAAGAGUUCAAGUGCAGGUCACAGCUCGCCAUCCACUUCCAGACUCACACGGGUGAACGACCUCACCUCUGUGACAUCUGUGGUCGCAAGUUCUCCCGUCCAUACCAGCUCCAACGCCACAAGGCUCUGCUGCAUGCAGACGGCGAGGACAACUCUUCGCUUGAUAGCUCGUUUUCCUGCAGCGUGUGCGGCAAGCGACUGAAGUCUGACUCGCAGCUCGCCGCUCACGCUCAAGUUCACAUGAGCGACAAGCCGCAUCGCUGCAGCAUCUGCCUGCGUGGCUUUCAUCGCGCCGCCUGGCUGAAGCAGCACCACGCCCGUGUGCAUCUGAAGGCGAAGCCCGAAGAGGCGCCGCUCACCUCCGGCCGCAGGAGGAGUGCAGCGGGGCUGAGCAGUUUCCCCUGCCCCGCCUGCAGUAAGUUGUUCCGGUUCCGCUCGAUGCUGGCCAGCCACAUGCUGAUCCACAGCGAUGUGCGGCCGUUCGCCUGCGACUUCUGCAGUCGAAGCUUUCGCCGCCACAGUCACCUCAAGAGGCACCGCGAGGUUGUGCACGCCAAUGGAGCUCGCCUUCCCGAGAGCUUUGUCUGCCACAUUUGUGGAAAGGACAAGAAGUGUCGCUCGCAGCUUGCCAGACACGUGAUCAUCCACACGGGGGAGCGGCCUUUCGCCUGCGAGCUCUGCCCAGCCCGCUUCAACCGCCGAGGGAACCUGCAGCAUCACCAGAGGCGUGUCCACGGCACGGGCGCGCCGGAGGAGGAGGCUCCGCUCGUCCUGUUCGACGAUGAUGGGAACAACGUUCUGACCUACAAGCAAGAGGAGACGGCGGACACGCCUGGAGACGGCCUCCAGCAGCUGGACACAAGUUAACGGAGACGCUGCUGCUGGGUUCUUAGCGGUUUGGGUCGGUGACUUUGGGUUUGAACUGCCAGAACCCUCUCGAUAUUCAGUGUUUCUGUUUUAACUGACGUUGCCAUGGAAACCACCUGACUCCACAUGCCAGUGUGGGGUUUGUUUGUGACCCCAAGAGGAAACCUGUACUUGAAUAAAGUCAGUUUUCAGUU